CAGCGUCGUGACGUCAUGACGCCCCGGACGCGCCCCGCCUCUGAGACGUCCUCGACGCCCCGCCCCCGCCCCGCCCAGCUUGUCGCUCGUGGGUCGAGUCUCCUUGGCAACCACUUGCUCCGCCCCCUCCGCCCCUUUAACCUUUAGGGUGUGCGAGUGCGGCUUCCCUCGCACUCUCUCCCUUUUCCCCCUCCCCUCCCCCGGGUCCGUCCGGACCGGAAGCGAAGAUGGCGGUGGUGGCUGCAGGCGCGGCCUCGGCGGAUCUGGUGAUCGGCUGGUGCAUAUUCGGCCUCUUACUGCUGGCUAUUUUGGCAUUCUGCUGGAUAUAUGUUCGUAAAUACCAAAGUCAGCGGGAAAGUGAAGUUAUCUCCACCAUCACAGCAAUUUUUUCUCUAGCAAUUGCACUUAUAACAUCGGCACUUCUACCAGUGGAUAUAUUUUUGGUUUCUUAUAUGAAAAAUCAAAAUGGUACAUUUAAGGACUGGGCUAAUGCUAAUGUCAGCAGACAGAUUGAGGACACUGUAUUAUAUGGUUACUAUACUUUAUAUUCUGUUAUAUUGUUCUGUGUGUUCUUCUGGAUCCCUUUUGUCUACUUCUACUAUGAGGAAAAGGAUGAUGAUGAUACUAGUAAAUGCACUCAAAUUAAAACCGCACUCAAGUAUACUUUGGGAUUUGCUGUGAUUUGUGCACUUCUUCUUUUAGUUGGUGCUUUUGUUCCAUUGAGUGUUCCCAAUAACAAAAAUUCUACAGAAUGGGAAAAAGUGAAGUUCCUAUUUGAAGAACUUGGAAGUAGUCAUGGCUUAGCUGCAUUGUCAUUUUCUAUUAGUUCUCUGACCUUGAUUGGAAUGUUGGCAGCUAUAACUUACACAGCCUAUGGCAUGUCUGCUUUACCUUUAAAUCUGAUAAAAGGCACUAGAAGCACUGCUUAUGAACGUUUAGAAAACACUGAAGACAUUGAAGAAGUGGAGCAACACAUUCAAACAAUUAAAUCAAAAAGCAAAGAUGGUCGACCUUUGCCAGCAAGGGAUAAACGUGCCUUAAAACAAUUUGAAGAAAGGUUACGAACACUUAAGAAAAGAGAGAGACAUUUAGAAUUCAUUGAAAACAGCUGGUGGACAAAAUUUUGUGGUGCUUUGCGUCCCCUGAAGAUCAUUUGGGGAAUAUUUUUCAUCUUAGUUGCAUUGCUGUUUGUAAUUUCUCUCUUCUUGUCAAAUUUAGAUAAAGCUCUUCAUUCAGCUGGAAUAGAUUCUGGUUUCAUAAUUUUUGGAGCUAACUUGAGUAAUCCACUGAAUAUGCUUUUGCCUUUACUACAAACAGUUUUUCCUCUUGAUUAUAUUCUUAUAACAAUUAUUAUUAUGUACUUUAUUUUUACUUCAAUGGCGGGAAUUCGAAAUAUUGGCAUAUGGUUCUUUUGGAUUAGAUUAUAUAAAAUCAGAAGAGGUAGAACUAGGCCCCAAGCACUCUUAUUUCUCUGCAUGAUACUUCUACUUAUUGUCCUUCACACUAGCUACAUGAUUUACAGUCUUGCUCCCCAGUAUGUUAUGUAUGGAAGCCAAAAUUACUUAAUAGAGAGCAAUAUAACUUCUGAUGACCAUAAAGGCAAUUCAACCCUUCCUGUGCCAAAGAGAUGUGAUGCAGAUGCUCCUGAAGAUCAAUGCACUGUUACCCGGACAUACCUAUUUCUUCACAAGUUCUGGUUCUUUAGUGCUGCUUACUAUUUUGGUAACUGGGCCUUUCUGGGGGUAUUCUUGAUUGGACUAAUUGUAUCCUGUUGUAAAGGGAAAAAAUCAGUCAUGGAAGGAGUAGAUGAAGAUUCAGACAUAAGUGAUGAUGAGCCCUCUGUCUAUUCUGUUUGACAGCCUUCUGUCUUAAAGGUUUUAUAAAGCUGACUGAAUAUCUGUUAUGCAUUUUUAAAGUGUUAAACAUUAGGUUGAACUAACUAGCUUUCAUCAAAAUGGGAGCAUGGCUAUUAAAAAAACUAUAUUUUUUAUGUUUUCUGAAGUAAUAUUAUUGUAUCAUAGAUUAACAUUUAAAAUUGCUAUAAUAAUAUUAUGUAAAUACAAAACUACCGGCUUUGUGAGGGAAUGUUUGUGGAUAAAUUUUUUUCUCUAAUGUAUAAUAGUGUUAAAUUGGUUAAAAAUCUUCCAGAAUUAAUAUCCCUUUUUGUUGCUUUUUAAAAACAUAAUAAAUCACUUGUAUCUGUGCCUUA